GCAUCAGAAAUCCUGAGUGCGCGUGUGUAUGUAUAGACUGUGUGUGUGUGUGUGUGUGUGUGUGUAUAUAGACAGUGCAUGUGUGUGUGGCGUCACAACAGCCACCUGGCACCCUCCCCUCAGCCAGCAGCAUAAAGAGCUGGCGUGUGCCUGAGGGGCAGGGGCCCACGUGACUCCCCCUCCCUGCCGACGGUCCCGGGGGGACAGACACUUUGUUCAGGAUGCUGCUGUUGUUCCCAUUGUGAAGUGAAAGCCAAACCCGGCAGUUUCUUUAGUCAUCAGCUGGAGCUGAGAGACUGUGAGCGGCGCGUGGGGCUCCCUUCCCACGGCCUCCAUGCCACGGGUCUGGCAGCGAGACAGGGAGCCCCGGGAGGCCCUUUUGGGGGGGACCAACGAUGAAUGUCUGUCUCCAGUCGGCAUGAGGAUGCGGCAGUGACUGGGGCAUCGUACGCCCACGGACCCUCUGAUGAUGAAUGGGAUGGCCAACGUGAACGUGACCGGCCGGAGCCAUUAUGCGUCUGCUAUCCCGGUGCCACGCGCUAUGUCCCAGAGCAAGCUGCCCCCGAGGCAGAGCAGCCUGGGGGCCCCAUCUUCCCAGCGGGCAGCGUCACCACGGCCGGGGAAAGUGCCAGGCUGUGUUAGCGGCCCAGCAGCCAAAGGCUCCAAGCCAAAGAGCCUUUCCAAAGCCCCCGUGGAGGCCGGGCCUGGGCCGGAGACAGCAGAGCAAUUGGAGUGCAAAAGGGCCGACGGAGUGGAGUCUGGCCUCAGCCAGAGCACUAGGACUCCAGGCAGCAGCCCCCGGGGGGGCCCGAAGGCGACGCCUCGAGCAAUGGGGGCUCCUAGGAAGGCUCUGGUUCAAGGGAUAGAGAGAGAGAAGGAGAGUCUGAAGCCCGGAGAGGCCUAUAGCAGCCACAGCACCAAGAAGGGAUCGGGAAAGCCGAGUGGCACUGCUGAGCUAGCCAAGACCCCUCAGCUGCAGGGGAAGAGCCCAUCCCGCUUCAGCCUGUGCAGUGAGUCUGGGCUGCCCAGCACCCCUGAAGGAUCCAGUGCCAAGAGGCCCCAGAGCUGCCCGGUGAAAGGCCAGUGGGUGUCGGAAGCCCUCUGCAAAGGCAGUGGGGUGCCCAAGGCAGCCAGGGGCGAGGACAAGUCCCCAGGGAUCUCACUGGGCACCAGCAGCCCCAUGCAGAAUAAGGAGCCAGCCAUCAGCUUCUCCUCAGUCCCACAGCAAAGUCACCCGGUCACUGCCACCGUGGCACCCUUCCACUACCGGCUGCAGGGAGACAAGGAGAAAAGUGAAUUCUCCCAGGAGGAGCACACGUGUGAGGAACCGACCGGCCCUGCAGACGGGCCUGAACUAGGCUUCACAGUCUUGGCAGCCGGCGUGUUAAAUGGUUUCAGCGCAGGCGGGAUGCUUGGCACCAACCUCAAAAGCCUGGAGCUCAGCGGCGAGGGGCCGGAGGAGCUGAAGGGCUAUCGGAAGGGGGCCGAGGGCAAGGGCGGCGGCAUGAUGCCCAAGCGGCCCAAAGCGUCCGGGGCGCACGAGCUGCGGGUCUUCAAGUCGGGCAGCGUGGAGAGCCGGCUGCCGCCCGGCCCCAGCCUGCGCAAGCAGAAGUCCCUCACCAACCUGGCCUUCCUCACCGACGCCGAGAAGAAGAUGCAGCUCUACGAGCCCCGCUGGAGCGACGACAUGGCCAAGGCGGCCAAGGGCGGCGGGCGCGGGGGGCUGAAAGCCAAGGAAGCCCCGCUCAUGUCCAAGAGCCUCUCCAAGUCGGAGCACUCCCUCUUCCAAGCCAGGCUCGCCCCCGGCCUGGCCAAGCCGCCGCUGGCCCCGCUCCCUUCCAGCCUCGGCAAGCCCAGCCGCAUCCCCCGCGGGCCCUACGCCGAGGUGAAGCCCCUGAGCAAGGCGCCCGAGGCCGGCGAGGCGGAGGACAGUAAAUCCGACGACGAGCUCCUCUCCAGCAAAGCCAAGGGCCGGGAGAAGCCGCAGCAGCAGCCGGCGCCGGCGCCCGGCCCGGCGGGGAAGGGGCAGGAGGAGCGAGCCUACCUGAAGGUGGACCCGGAGCUCGUGGUGACGGUGCUGGGGGACCUGGAGCAGCUGCUCUUCAGCCAGAUGUUGGGUGAGUCCCGUCCCCGCACCCGGUACCGUCGGCGAGUUCAACUCCGGAGCGGGAUCCGCCGAGCCAGGAGGGAAUGA